AUGCAAAAGGCAAUGAAAAGCGCAGAAUAUAUAAAAGCUAAUAAUGACUGGUUAGAUGCCCAAGCCAACGCCAAAGCAGCCCAACUUAUAGGGUCAAUAAGGACAAAAAUACAAGCGGAUGAAGACAGUUCAAAUGAAGCUUUAAUGAAGGCUGACUUUAAGAACGCCUUCGAAGCUCUUCAUAGUAAGGUGAAACUAGUGAACGACUUCUCAUCUGGAAAGAAACUGAAGUCUGAAGGUUUCGACAACGAGUUAAGAGAAGUAGCACAAAAUAUGACGAAAAUAACAGAUGCAGCAACGAGACAGGCAGUUCAAAGUGCCUAUGACUCCGUUAGAGCAACUGUUGUGGAAAGUCAAGAAAAAGAGUUACAACAGACCAAAACAGACCUAGUAAAUGCUUUCUUAAAAACGAAAAGUCAGGUAGGACAUUACGCUGCAGAUGGAACAUAUGUGCCAGCUGGUGGAACUUAUAUACCACCAAACCCUCCAAGAGAAGCACCUGCACCAGGACUACCUAGAACAUUUACAUCGUCACAUGGACACAGACACAGGCAUGCACAACAACCAGCACAACAACCACCUCCACAACCAGCACAACAACCAACACAACAACCAGCACAGCAACCAACAGUUCAAAACCCAGCACAGCAACCAACAGUUCAAAACCCUGCACAACAACAACCACAAACAGAGCAAGGACAUAAAAGAAGUAGAGAACAAGGAAACCAAGAAUUCUUAAAAAUGCUUAAAGAAGAGUGUGGUUUCCCAGAUACUGUUGACUUUAGUGACAGAUAUAAAGAAGCUAUUAGAAAGUUCAAGGAUGGAAAUACUGACCCGAACCUAUUUAGCUUUAUGGCUCAGCACCAAAACGGAUAUAAUCUCAAACCUGGAAAAUACAAGCUCGCUAAGGGAUAUGAUUUAAUAGCAUAUCAUCCAAAUGACAUGGAUGAAUUUACUCCGAGAUAUUUGAUGUCAGAGCUAAAUGACAAUUCAACUUUCGUCAUGAAACGCGUAAAAAAUAGAGACGGAACGAAAGAACAAAAGCUUAUGAAUGCGGAUGACGUAGAUAGGGAAAUUGUUGAAAACGGUCUCGGAAUAUAUGAAAUGCCAGCAGAUGAGGUACAAGAAACUCCACAGGAAGAACUAGUUCAGAUACAACCAGACAUGGAAGAAAUAGUUCAGCAACAACAGCUAGAAGAGCCUGAAGGAAACGAACAAGUCCCUCCUUUGGAAACUAACCUCACAGAACUAGAUGAAGAUUUGGAACAGCCGAAAAUUCUUGACCCUCAACAAGAGUAUGCGGAGAAUAUGGAAUAUUUCCAAGAGUCUAAAAAAAAUUCGGCUGACAUAGUAGAAGAAUAUCGAAAAAUGUUCGCCGACAUACAAAAGACUCCAACACCAGAUGAAAAUAUUCAGCAUAGAAUGGAAGUACUGAAAGAAAAUGUACACAAAUACAACAACCCUUUUUACUUACGAGCAUUUAACGUUCAAUCUUCGGAUGAACUCGGUGAAAAUAAAAGGUUAAAUUUCAAGAAAACAUAUAGAAAUGAAACAUUGUUUAAAGUUCAUUCAGAACCUAACCAAGAUGGAAACAAACCUACU